UAGUUGAGGCUAUUGUUUUGCCCAUGACUCACCAAGAACGGUUUCAGAAAUUAGGGAUUCGCCCACCCAAAGGAGUGCUUUUGUAUGGACCUCCGGGCACUGGGAAAACACUAAUGGCUCGCGCAUGUGCAGCCCAAACUAAUGCUACUUUCUUGAAGCUAGCAGGUCCCCAACUUGUCCAGAUGUUCAUUGGGGAUGGAGUGAAACUUGUCCGUGAUGCUUUUCAACUUGCUAAAGAGAAAUCUCCUUGCAUCAUCUUCAUAGAUGAAAUCGAUGCUAUUGGCACAAAGCGGUGUGACAGUGAAGUUAGUGGGGAUAGGGAAGUUCAACGGACAAUGUUAGAGUUGCUCAAUCAGCUUGAUGGCUUUAGUAGCGAUGAUCGGAUAAAGGUGAUAGCAGCAACCAAUAGAGCUGAUAUUUUAGAUCCUGCGCUCAUGUGUUCUGGUCGAUUGGAUCGUAAAAUUGAGUUUCCACAUCCCACUGAAGAAGCAAGAGCUAGAAUUUUGCAGAUCCACCCCCGAAAGAUGAAUGUUCACCCAGGUGUCAACUUUGAAGAGCUAGCUCGAUCUACUGAUGAUUUCAAUGGAGCACAACUGAAAGCUGUUUGUGUGGAGGCAGGCAUGCUUGCUCUUUGACGCGAUGCCACCGAGGUGAACCAUGAAGACUUCAAUGAAGGUAUCAUCCAAGUUCAGGCUAAGAAGAAAGCAAGCCUAAAUUACUAUGCAUAGGCCACACAUCUGAGAAGGCGGUGUGUGAGUUCAGGCAUAGAAGGAAACCAAAGCUUAAAGUGAUAAAUUACUUGAGAAAAGUUGGAAUGUAUGAAGUCAUGAUGCAAGUUCAGCAAGGGAGGUGAGGUAGCAAUUGUUUUUACUUUGAAAGUUCCAAUUAUAAGACUUGAAAACUGAGUGACUGACAAUGACCCUUUUGGUUUUGUGUGGUUUUUAUGAUAAUUGUGUAAGCACACUGUAAUUAGGGGCAUAGUUAUUAAAUCUGUUAGAAACGCUUUUGUUCACCACUUGAUUUCUGGCUUGUUCCACCUAUAUCAUCCUGUUUUGGUCA